GCGCGCACGCACGCUUACGCUACGCGCGCACGCGCCGAGACACGCUCCCUCCCUCGCGCUCCCUCGCUCUCGUCCCCCCUCCCCUCCCCCUCCCGAGCGGCGUUGCUUGUGCGACCGAAGGGGAGGGAAGAUGGCGGCCGGCGGCAGUGGCGGCGGCAAGGCCUCCUCGUCGUCGUCGUCGUCCUCCUCUUCUUCGUCGUCGUCGUCCUCCGCCGCUGCCGCGGGCGGCGGGGGCGGGCCGGCCUCGUCGUCGUCGUCGUCCGGCCCUCUGGAGGCGUCCCUGGACAGGAAGCUGCAGGGGGUGACCAACACCAUGGAGUCCAUCCAGGGCCUGUCGUCGUGGUGCCUGGAGAACAAGCGGCACCACAGCACCAUCGUCCACCACUGGAUCAAGUGGAUGCGCAGAUGUGAGUGCGCGGGGCGGGGGGCGGGGAGGGGCUCACCUGAGGGCCUGGGGGGGGCAGGGAAAUGGGUGGUGGCAAAGGUGGGAUACCUGGCGACGCCUCCUCCGUCACCUUUCAACAAAGCCUCGGCCGAAAUCUCCCUCCCGCCCGGAUAUACGCGUCAAUUCUUUUAUUUUAUUUUUACACACACAUAUAUUUGUAUUUUUCUGUUUUAAACAGGAUUUCCAAAUAGCUGCUUUCCCCCCAAAAAAGUUCUUUUUGCAUGCGGUUGUCUUGAGCUGGCGUUUCUGUUAUGCGCCGCUUUUCUGUGUGGCGUGUGGAUAACACAAGGGGUGUGGGAUAUACCUGGCAUCGCUGCCGCCUCCCGCGUUCUUCUUCUUCUUUCAAGGAGCCUUGUAAAAAAAAAGAAAAGAAAAAGAUCGUCCUCCCACUUGGUAUCGCUCCCGGAUCUGAAUUGGUUUUUUUAUGUGCUGUUUGAAAAGGUUUGCCGCUGCUGUUGUUUUAAGUUGCUUUUGUACGCAGUUGUUGUCAAGGGGUUUUAUAAAUGUAACUGUUUUUUAUAUGCUGUCUGUCUGUCUCUUUCCUCUCUCUCUGCCACCUUCCUUUUUCAAGGAGCCUUCUAAAAUCUUUGCCUCACUUGGUAUCUGUCUCGGAUUUGAAUUUUUUAGUGUAGGCGCUGUUGUUUUGAACUUACCUGUUGUUUUUAUAAAUGUAACUGUCAUGUAUGGCAUAAUUUAAAGGAAAUUGCUCCAAGAUGCUUCCUGGGAAGCAGUUCAUAAAUAAAAUUAUUAAUAAUGAUACCUGUGUGUAGAUUUGCUUGGUGUUUUAUGCAGGGUGCGAUGUUACUAUGAUGGUGAAGAUUUUACUUGGCUUUAAAAAUCGUAUGCAUUAUUAAUAUUUUUGUGAUGAUGACCAUUAAUGUUAUUAUGUCGAGGGUACUGAUCCUGUGUCUCUCUGCGUGGAUUUUAGUUGGUAGUUUGUAAUUGUUGAUAUUACUAUAAUUAUUCAUAGUGCUGUCAUAUCUAUGUAGAUUAGCAGUUUAUAGAGGGUACAUUAUUAUUACUGUGAUUAUAUUUCUCUGGUGGUAGCACUGACGAUGCGUACAGUAUUUCUGUGUAGAUUUCAUUUGGAAGUCUAUCCAAAGUGCAUAAUUAAGGUUGCUAUGAUAAUUGAUGCUACAACAGAGGCACCAUCUCAGUACAACAUGUAGGUUUACUUGACAGUUUAUAAUGGAUUCAUUAUUAGUAGUAUUGCUGUGAUUAUUAUGGUGCUGCUGGUGGUGUGUAUAUCUUAGCUGGCAGAUUUUAUUUUAUAUUUUAGUUUAUAGUGUGCAUUAUUUAUUUAGCUGAAAGACAAGGAUUUGUUUAGACAAGUGGCAAAUGCUUCCUCCCUGCUUCCCUCAGGGUAGGGUAGUCCUUCAGAAGUCCCUGUUUUGGCAUUGUAUUAACAGUACUAUGAUAAGCUACGUUGUGGUGGUUGAUGAUGAUGUUAUGCGCAAAAUCACUUUGUAGAAUUUACUUUUCAUUUUAUACAGGGUGCAUUAUUACUAUUACAGUGGUGGUAGUGAUGACUGUGGUGGCAACGAUUAUGGCAGCGUGUACAAGAUAUGCAUAGUUUACUUGGCAACUCGUGCAGUUUCUUAAUUUUGCUGUGGUGUUUGUGCAUACACAAUAUCUGUGUGAAUUUGACGCAGCAUUUUAUAUAGGGUGCACUGUUACUGAUAUUCCUACGUUGAUGAUGAGGUCAAAUGCACUUUAUGCUUUCACUAUGUGUGUGUGUAUAAUGCAUCCAUCAAUCUCCUUUAUUGGCAUAGAAAAAGUUCAUCAUAUACAUGGAUCAGAACACUUACCCAGAGUUUGGAAUGAGGCACAGUGGAGUCUGUGGUGUCUUCAUCACAUACGGUUUAUUUACACAUAUAUACCACCUCAGGCUACCAUGGAGGGGUUCACAGCAUUAGCACCCCAAGAAGGGCCUUGCUUCCCCCAUAGCUGCAGCCUUGGGUGCCUGCAGAAAUCAGGCUUGACUCUUUCCCUGCAUUUUAAGCCUGCAGCUUUUCCUGCAGCUUCUAGCUCACAUCACUCAACCCUCAUCUUCAGCCUUCUGAGGGAGGGAAGCCCACCCAUUUGCCUUCUGGUCCCCUUAGGGACCCAUACUUAGCGGGCCAUUACCAGGCUGGCCUGGCUAUUCCAGCAAUUGAGUCCAUGCUCAGACAUACAGCCUACCCCACCUCCAUACUCGUGUAUCAGGGAAGGUGUGAGUUGUAGUACAACAACUUUGGUCUUUGCAACAGCCCUGCACGGUGAAAUAAGAAUGGAGAGAGUAGAUGCAGGGGGGAUUGGGUGGGAUUUCCUGCCAUUGUUUGUGGUUAUUGGUGUUUGUAAGUGCAAUGUUUGGGGAAGGACCAUAGUGGUAGAGCAUCUGCUAUGCAUUCAGAAAGUCCCAGGUUCAGUCACCGAUAUCUCCAGGUAGGGCUAGGGAUGGUUCCUGCCUGACACUGGAGAGACACUUCAAGUCAGUCUAGAACAAUAUUGUGCUAGAUCAGGCAUGUCCAAAGUCUGUUUCGGGGGCCUAAUCCGGCCCACUGGUCAAUUUAAUCUGGCCCCUGUGGUAGUUUAUCUCCUGUGGUAAAAUCCUAAAAAAACCUCAACAACUCCAAUCCUAAAAAAAGGUCAACAACUUUGGUUGGCCCUCUUUGGAAAAGGUUUGGACACCACUGUGCUAGAUGGACCAAAGGUCUUGCUCAGGAUAAGUCUGCUUCCUCUGUUGCCCCUAGAUACGGAUUUAUAGAAAAUCACAUCUAUGUGGGUGCAGAUCUCACUUGGUAAAUAUAGCUUGUGAAUCUACAGAUGAUACAGUGGUACCUCAGGUUACAUACGCUUCAGGUUACAUACGCUUCAGGUUACAGACUCCACUAACCCAGAAAUAGUACCUCGGGUUAAGAACUUUGCUUCAGGAUGAGAACUGAAAUUGUGUUCUGGCGGCGCGGCAGCAGCAGGAGGCCCCAUUAGCUAAAGUGGUGCUUCAGGUUAAGAACAGUUUCAGGUUAAGUACGGACCUCCGGAAUGAAUUAAGUACUUAACCUGAGGUACCACUGUAUACAAAUUUAGUAUAACAGGUUUAGUAUAACACUUUAACAGGUCUUUAUGAUAAGAAUUACUAUGAUGGUGAUUCUUGCUGUUGAUGCAAACAUUUGGGAUUGGUGCAGUGUACACACUUAAAUGUUUAUGCAGAGUGAAUUCUCCUUGGUGCUCCUUGCAAGGGUCCCUUAAGGUGGGCUGAAUAUGAAGGGAUUGCAAAGUGGUGGUGAGACCCUCUGCUUUAUGGUCAGCAAGGCAGCAAGAGGACAGUGGAGGGUUAACUUCCUCUACAGGGGAGGAGAACAAGGCGCUGUCCUCCUUGGAGGAAAGGAGUGAUAAAAAUGCAACAAAUAAAUGGAUAAAAUAACACAAACUUUGUCAUUCCCCACUUCCCCUUCAAAGUGUUCAGAGGCAAAUAUGUAACUUCUGCCUUGCAGCAAUUCUUUUUAGUGGGCUAAGAAUGGGGGCUGUGGGGCAGUGCAAAGGGGUCUGCAAUCUGUACAAAGGUGAUUGGUGUAAGGGUGAUGUUUAAGGCUGUUAUCCUGCACCUGUGUUACUUGGCAUUAAGUUCAGUUGAACCCAGCGGGGCUUGCUUCUGAGAGAGGGUCUGUGGUAUGGCAAGCAGGCUGAUCAAUGCAUCUGAAGAAGCCAAAGGAUUCUGCUUGUAUUAUCUCGGUGACCCAUGUAAUAACUUUGUAAAGAGGGCCAAAAUUUGCGGGGGUAGGGUGAGUUCCCACACAAAGUGAGGUGGGCUUAGUUUAUUAGCACCCAUACACUACAUUUCAAUAGUAUAGAAACGCUUUGCAUACAUUAGGUCAAAAGGAUGGAUUGGUCUGCCUUGGUGCAGUAAUACUGUUCAGAUGCUUGAAGUGAUGGCGUGUAUCCUGUACAAAGCUGCGGUAAGGAACACUUAAAUAAUGGAUUCCAAUCCUUUUGGUGAAGAUUUGGGAAGGAGGGUGCUGAGGCUGAGUGAGUAGUGGCUUGGUUAGGGCCACCCAGCAACUUGGUGGGUGGCAUGAGGUUUGAAUCUUGAACCUGCUUGGUUGUCCUGAAUAUUCCCUAAGAUAACAGGCAGCUCAGGGUAAUUAGAGAAAGUGCCACAUUCUCCUAUUGUUAGCCCUUAUAUGUGUCAUAUUACCCCUGUAAUGUAGGCUAAGUUGCAAGAACUGAGCUGUUGUGGUUGCUCAGUGAACUUCCUGCCUGAGUGAGAAUCCAGCAUCUUAGAUUUUAUUGCUUUGGGAAAUGGAAAACAUUGGGGGUGGUUCUGAAUGAGGGCAUGGCAUUCAAGCUGUUUACUUCAGGUACAGAAUGAGAUAAGUAGAAUGGAUGUGGGUGACUUUUUAACAAUAAUUCUAGAUGACAAAAAACUCUCACGUUUUUUAUCUGUCGUGAAUUGCCUGGAGUGUCGCUGAGCAGCAGGGUGCUAAAUCUGCUUUUGAAAGCCAGCAAACCUUCCUUUGCUGCUGCUACUGCUGCUGCUGCUGUUUUCAAAAGCAAGUUUGACUGUCCUGUGUUCUCCCCUCAAGUGCAUAGCUAAAUCUGAAUAUUGGACGGUGUACAGGGAUUCAACAGGCUGGCCAGUAAAUAAACCUUCCCCCUCCACUUGAAUAUUUGCAAUUAGCGAGCUGGAGGGGAUGCGAGUAGCCUUGCAAAGAAGUCUAUGAAAGUUGCUAGGCUUGUGGACCAUCCACCCAUGAAUGCCUUAUUAGUCACUGUUGUCUUAUUAAAAAAAAAGAACACUCUUGUAAAUCUUCCCAGCUUGCCUCAAGGCAGUCAAUUCCAACCACAAGUUGCUGGGCAAGUGACAAUUGACAAGCCUGUAUUAAUGUUUGUAAAUGUACGGAGGGGUGUGUGUGUGUGUGUGUGUGUGUGUGUGUGUGUCCUUCUUAGCCACCUCACUUCCACCUCUCUCCUAACAUACUGGAUCGUGAGCCCUGUCCUGUCCACAUUUAAGUAGAGAUGAAGAGCCUAUGGCCUUCCAGGUGUUGUUGGACUCCCAUCUCCCUGGUUAUCCCUGACCACUGGACAUGCUAGGUGGGGCCAGUGGGAACUUAGGAAGCUGCAUGCAACUGGGUUACACACUGGCCCAUCUGUCUCAGUAUUGUCCACACUGGCAGCAGUUCCCCAGGCUUUCAGGCAGGAACCUCUCCUAGUCCUACUUGGAGACACCUGCCAUCAGGGCAGGGACCUUCUGCACUCAAAGCAGAUUCUGUACCACUGAGCUACGGUCCUUCCCAAUAAGUGCAACACCUGGAGCGCCUUAGGUUUGACCUGCCGGCUGGUACUCAACAUGGUUGUCCUUUCCAAGAAGUAGCAGGAUCGCCGUGAUAUCUCAACCACUUUGAAUUUCCUUUCUGUGAGCAAACUGUUUCAGUUUGCCCUCUUGAGGCACCGGGAAGCUUGAAAUGUAGGUUGCAUUUUCAAGCAAGACUACUCACUACAGUACUCUGUGUAUUUGGCUGGGGCCUGGGGUGUAUCUGAAUCUGUCCGAUCACAGAAUUUUAGAAUUGUAGAGCUGGAAGGGAACCGGGGGGUCAUCUCGUCCAAGCCCCUGCAAUGAAACAGAGGUGGCCCUUAUAGGAAUCGAACCUGCAACUAGUGAUGUGAGGUGAGAAUAUUUUCUGGAGAAUAUUCUCUGCUAGAAAAUUCUCCAGAGAAUAUUCUCCACAAACUGUAAAUUCUCAGUUAGUGGCAGGCUUAGUGAUUAAUGUGAGUCAUUCAGGUUGAAUUUUCAAUUUCAAGUUUAGUGCAAAAAAAAUCAAAGAAUGUGAAUUCACUGCAUAGCCUCAUUUAAUAAAAGUAUCUGUACAGUUUUUGGUUGCCGUUUGAACAAGUUUACCCAUGAAUAAACAUGUAUGUUAACUAAUCAUAUCAUUUUCAAUGCAUUAAAAUGAAUAUUUUCCUAUUUUAAAUGAAAAUUCUCUAAUACCUAUAUUCUCAUUAAUCGAGAAUUUUCUCCAAAAGAUUAUUCUCGAGAAUUUAACAUCGCUACCUGCAACAUUGGCGUUUUAUCAGCACCAUGCUCUAACCAACUGAGCUAACUGCUUCCUUCUGUUCUGUACCUGCAGCUGAGCUGAAACCUGUUCCUGUGGGGCAAAAUAUUGCCUAAGCUAUAAUUGCAGCAAGAUAAACUCCAAAAGUGAGCAACUAUAUUGGUGCAGUCAGUGCUGUAUUCUAAAGGAGUGUAUUAGACAGUUGCACUUGGCUUGCUUCCUAGCGAUGAAGGGAAGGAAAUAAGCCAAGGCAGUAAGAUUUUACUGGAACAACUUCUGCUAGUUUUAGGAAUAUGCAAAUCUGAGUUACAAGUCAAGAGUGCUUCGCUAGCCGUGAAUGCACUUGGUAGUGUUGAAUGUUGGCUGCUUAGGGAUGUUCUCAUACAUCUCUUUUGCAAGGAUCAGCUUCUGAACUUGCAGCAGAUCACAUACUUAUUUUUCUUUUCUUUUUGUGAAAUGUAGACUCCUGCUUGCUCCCCUCAUAGUCUGGAGGUGCAUGGUGGUUAUCUGAGAAUCCCUGAGCCAGUCCUUCACGAUAAUUUUGGUUCAUUCACACUAUCUUUCCAGACCUUGUGACAACGGCGUUUGUGGGACUAUUUCAUAGGCGGUCUCUGUGAGAGUUCUGAUUAUGUAUUAUGUGAACUCUUUCCAUUAAUUAGAAUCUGCAACUUUAGGAGUUGCGGUGGGAUACGGAAAAGGCAGUUGGGCGUAACAAAAGUCUUAAAAAGAAAAAUGAAGUUUGCUUAUCAAAAUCCUAAUGAAUUGCAAAAUAGCUGUUCUUGGGAGUUUUGUGAUCUUUAAAAUGAGAUGUUUCUAAAGAACACAUUCAGUGAAAAGGUUUCUGGUGUGCACACAGUGGCUGAAUUCACACAUAAAACUGAGCCAUAGUUUGUUCAAGAAGCCACGAGUUGUCUUUUUAGAUGAGCAAACAAGCCACACAGCUUAUUUCUCCAAAACUGGUUCAUUUUUCUCCUCUUGUGCCUUUGAAGCUUGGCAAGCAUCUGUGACAGGAGGCAAACAAACCAUGGCUAAGCUGGGUUCAGAACGAAGCCAUACGGUUUGCAAGCCAGCCACACACGAUGGCUUCACACCAUGGUUUGUUGCCACAAAACAAACCAUGGUUGGUCUGCCAGGUUGUUCAGAAGUUUCAACCAACCACCAUUUGGCUGUAGCUGAGUGUUAGAGCAUCUGCUUUGCUUGCAGAAAGUCCUAGGUUCAGUCCCUGGCAUCUCCAGGCAGAACUGGGAGAGAUCCCUGCCUGAAGCCCUGAAGAGCCGCUGCCAGUCAGUGUAGGCAGUACUGAGCUAGGUGGACCCCAGUCAGUGUUCAAAACUCCCAUUGUUCUAGGCGCAUUUUGCAGCAGGAAAUUUCAUUAGCGUGAGAAGUUUCUGAGCUCUGGGUGCAGUACUGCACCUAAGAUUUCAGAUUAAAACUGCAGAGUGGAAGGAAAGGAGGACCUUUUUCUAUCUCUACACUUCCAGUUACUCUCUGAAGUCUGGGGAAGAGACCCUCUUAAGAAUAUUAGGGGGGUGGGCAGGGGAGGACUAGACCAUGUGAAAAAUGAACAUGAAUUUUAGCUGCAGUUCAUUCAUUUUCAGCUUUGUAUUCUUGCUAUAAAAAAGCGCACCUGGACAUUCUGUUGUGCCCAUAACCUAGGUUUAAGGUGCCAUUUAGCUCCUAGCUUUCUUAUCUCAGUUUCUAACACUGACCACAGUGGGCUUGAGUCAGUUUAAGGCAGCUUCCGGUGUUCGUAAACAAACCAUGGCUUGCUGAUUCUAUCUGAGCAUGGACAGAGAGUUUGGUCUCGGACAACCUUCCCCAGCAGCCCUGGUUUCUCCCAGAGAUUGUGGGGUUCAAACUCCCACCAGCCCCAGCCAAAACAGCCCAUGGUCAGCGAUCAUGGGAGUUGUAAUCCAACAACAUACUUUACAAUCUGGGGGCAAGGGUAGCCUUUUAUAGAAUCGUAGAAUUGCAGAGUUGGAAGGGAAUGCAGGAAUCUCGACAUUUUGGUUCUCAUACGUGCUGCUUGCAUGCAAAUCCCACACUUAAGGAUCAGGUCUUAAUAGCAGCACCUCCUGAAGAUGGAGGCUCCACCAUUGCCUGUACUUCUCUGGGUUCUUCUGUGGACUCAGCCUUGAGCAGAUUCUUUUUCCACACUCCUGCAAACACCUGGCUUGAUUUCUAGGUGAUUUUUUAAAAAGAGUUGUUAUCGUUUGUCAGAGACCUUGGGAACUCCUGGGACCUGGUUGCUGACGCACAGAUUGUACGCAUGAACUUAGUGGAAACAUGGAAGCACCUGCAUGUGCCAGACGGUGUGUGAUGGUUCAGCUCACCCUACCUCAAUGCCAGCAAUACUAUACCUCUCACACCGGAGGAACACCCUGAUCCCAGGCAUUGUUUUUCAGAAAUCUCAUUCAUUUUCACUGAACACCUGCUUCAAGAAGCUUAGAACUGGAGGACACAGAAGUUGCCCUUCUCUGUUUUCUUUUGUACCUUGAAGAGAGGAGGGGUAGCAGAAUGGUAGAGUAAUCUAUGGGCUGGUUCUUUCUUCCCUUGCAGAAUUGCCCACUGCUGCAAAGCUGCUUUAGAAACUUCUGGGUCUGGUUGUAAAUAUUGACUUGAGUGUCACAGGGGAAAAGGGAACCUGCCUGUAGAAAGGAUAUUUGAAUAAUGUUUGUUUCUGUUCUCCAAGCCAAGAGUCAACUCUGUCUGUCUGUCUGUCUAUUUAAUUUAUAUCCCACCAUUUCUCCAAUGGAACUUGUGGUGGCUCACAUGGUUCUUUAGAGGAGUUGAGGGUGAAUGAAGUCUUGCUCGCCUUCAGAGUCAGGGAUUUUUUUAUACGUGGAUGGAAAUAAAUGGAUUGACUGCUAUUUCCAAACUGGAAAAGACACAAGGAGACCGUGUAUGUAAAAAAUUGGACAAGCUUCUUGUUCACAUGGCUGUCUGUAACAAAGCCUUCAGGUUUAGCCAAAUGACUCAUCAAUUGGAAUGGAAAAGUUGCUACUGUUGAAAUGUGUGACCAGUCAAGGGACAACAAACCGGGUAGCUAGUUUUGAGCUGUAUGUGUGAACAAUUAAAUGUGGAGGCCCAAAAAGAAAAAAAGGGAUGCUCUGAUUUCUCUCCUAUUCCUAUUCCUAUUCCUCUUCCUCUCUUUUUCAUUUCUGAUAGACUUUUUCAUUUUUUCUGAUAGAAUAAUUGUAAGGGUGAUAUACAUUGUUAGUCUCACACACGAGAGUAAACCCAUUGUAAUCAAUGGCCUUAUGCUCAGAGGACAGUUGGCUUAGUUGGAUGUCAGCAGAAAAUUUGGGAAACACCUGGAGGGGGGAGUCUAUGACAACAAAAUGAUAACUGUUUUGGGAUGGUGAGCGAAACAGUUUCUAAAGCAAGGUUCUAUUCAAAAUGUGUAGUGUAGAGGUUCUUAAGUAAGAUCUCCAUUUUUAUUUUUUAAAAUUCCAUUAGUUGUAUCCAACUAAGUUUACUCAGAAUAGGCACCUUGAAAUUAAUGGACCUAAGUUAGUCAUGCCCAUUAAUAGCUGGUUGCAAUCCUUAAUCUAUAGGCAGCUUUUCUGGCUUGCUGUUAUCAAGGGGGCUCCCAGCAUGUUAGCAGCAACACCUGUAAUAAUUAAAUAAUAAAAUCACCAUAUUAAAACAUAGCAUAUCUAAAAAUCAUUAAAACAACGGAUAAAAACAGUAGCAGGCUAAAUAAAUUUGUAAAAACAGCCUGCUAAUACCUUAGCAGCUGCUAAAGGCUUGUCUUCUACAAUUUGAAGAUGAUACAGUUACAUUACCUCCAGCCACUGGGUAGCACUACACUUUGUGACUCUCUUAUCUAGUGCAUCUUCCUAAAUUAACUCCUGGCUUUGCUGAUAUUGCCAUGUUCUUCUUUGCUUCAAUUCUCUACCUGCCCGAGAGCUUGUGUAUUUUGUUUAACAGCGUAUGACCAAAGUAGGUCGCAAGCCAGACGUUUCUUUUCUGAGAGAUGGGGAGCAGCCAUUGCUUCUUUAUCCUAGAAUCCCAGGUGUGCAACCUGAUAUCUCAACACCUGGGAGGGACUCAGCCUGCAAAUCUCCAUCUCAGAAUGGAGUCUGCAUACAGGCUGACCUCACCAUACAACAACCCGCCUAACCUUUCCUUUUAAAAAAGAAAUUCUCAUCCAGCCAUGCCCUACCUUGUGUAACGUUAUUUGAUGAAGAGUUCUGCAGCGCUCAAAAGCUUGCCACACUUUUGUGCCUUCUUUGUGCCUAAUAAAGGUAUUGCCUAACUCUGGACUUUGGAGUUUGCCAGCUUUUUGGUGCUUGAUGUUUGUUGAAUGGGAGCUAAUUAAUACCUUGAAGAUGUUUCUUAAACAGUCUGUGAAGGUUGGAAGUUAGCAGGAGGCUAGAUGUGCCUCUGAGCCAGAGCGGAGCUCAAAUUUUGAGUGGGAGAGCAGAGAAAAAUAGUUUGGGGAUGUGAUAUAGCCAGCAAGAAAGAUAGUGCUGCAUUCUUCAGCCAAUGAAGCAACAGCAUUAGGAACUGAUGCUAUUCAUUUAUCACUUACUUUGCAUUCUUGUACAGCACAUUUUGUCAAAAUGACCUCUAUGUGGUUUACAUUAAAGCAAAAUGUAGAAUAAGAAUCACAAAAAUGGCAAAAGUAUGCAGUUAAAAACCAACAAUCAGUAUAAAAUGCAGAGGCUGUGUGAUUUAGACAUUUGCAACUUCCAUACAUCUUGAAGCUGGGAUGGGAGUGAGGAACAAUUUUGCUCACAGGGAUUUUGGAAAAUGAAAGAAAUAAAUCAGAUCUAAGUUUUACUAUUUUUCUAAGAACACCAGACCCUCUUUCUUUUGAUGCAUUUCUGGUCCAUUUGGGUCCCUGUGUUUCUCCCUGCUUAGAACAGGGGCACCAGACAGUGUCGCUAGCAGAUGUUCUCUUUCACUUUGGCAAGAUGGGAAAAGCUUGGUUUGUUUGCCUUGAGGGGCUUAACUCUCCCAGUGGCCGCUGUUCACACAUCAGAAUAAGCCAAUGGUACUGGUCUUGUGGAACAUCAGGGGCCCACAUGGCCCAGUUGCCCCCACUUCAUUCCUGCCUGGCACAAGCAGGAGGAAUAAGCUAGCAGUCACAGUUAAGUUGGCUUCCCAACAAUUAAAGAACUGGGGGUCUUGGCUUGUUCUUCUCUAACAAGCCAGGAUCCCCAGCCAGCCUUAAACCAAGGUUUGUUUGUCACUUUUGAAUCUCAGCUUGCUUCUUGCACUGGUGAAGAGAGAAGUGGGAGCGAUUGGUCAGUGUUCAUGACAGUGGUGUAGGUUUUCUGGAAAAUACUUGGUUUGCAACAGAAAAUGUCCUAUUGCCCAUCUAAUUUAGCAUGUUAAUUUUGCUUUGUAAUUAGGAAAUAAAGCUAGAAACUUUGAAACGGCCAAGCUUGCCUAAUAAUUGUGUUUGCAGUUGGCACCUGUGCGUACUUACUAUCAAACUUCAGAAAUGGGAAGUUUUUCUGUGGAGGGAAAAACUUGGCUUUGUAGAAAUUUCUGCCCCGCAUUACUUGGGAACAGGGCUGCUGCUAAUUCCCCAGAAGCCAAGAGCACGCAGUUCUGGCUUAUUAUCAUGACAUGUGAAUACAGUCAGUACCUACAAAGCUCUGCUUACAUGGUUCAGCCAGGAUAAGGGCUGGCAGCGGUGGGGAGUAGGCAUGAGAAUUGAACCAAGGAGGUCCCCUCCCCUUUUUAAGCAGCCAUAGCAUUGAAUUGGUGAUGCCCUGAAACAUUACAGCUUUAUCAAAAAGCCACUGGAUCAGUUUCCCUCUGGGCUGCUUAACCACAGCAGCACACUUGCCGGUCUUUGACUGGCUGCAUCAACUACUGCCCUAAAGGUGCAGUGAGCAGCCACGAAUUCGUUACAAGAAAGUUUCACCUUUGAAGGUCUGUCUCAUGCGCUGCUCCUUUCCCGUUGCGCGCACAAAUUGCAUUUCCCAAGGCCCUGUGUUUUAUGGCAAGAGGUUUCAAGUGCUCUAUUCACAAGGCCUCCCAGCCCCACGGCAAGGAUCAAGUGGCUUGUGUUUGUGCUGAGAGCCUCCCUCCACACCCACACCCACACAUGCGCUGCACAGCUGUUUCAUAUCUCCAAAUGUGUAAAAUCACCGCUGGGUUGCUACGUCUUCCUCAUCCCAGGCACAGGGGAGGAGACGAUGGGUUGGGGAGAUCCUAGGAAAUUUCCAGAGAUUCUUUUAAUUACUCCACUCCUGUUUAUUCCCAUUGGAACAAAGGUGAGGAAAUGAAGUUGUCUUGUUCCCCUGAGCAAUUUUAUUGUGACUCUUGGGGAGGGACUGGAAGGCAGUACUGCUUCUGAAUACAGUGGUACCUCGGGUUAAGUACUUAAUUCUUUCCGGAGGUCCGUUCUUAACCUGAAACUGCUCUUAACCUGAAGCACCACUUUAGCUAACGGGGCCUCCUGCUGCCGCUGCGCCGUCAGAGCACGAUUUCUGUUCUCAUUCUGAAGCAAAGUUCUUAACCUGAAGCACUAUUUCUGGGUUAGCGGAGUCUGUAACCUGAAGCGUAUGUAACCUGAGGUACCACUGUAUUAGUUGCUGAAAACUAGAGGAGGGGAGAGGGCUCUUGAGCUCGGGUCCACUGGAGAGUGAGAUCCUGAACGCCUCUUCUCAUAUUUCUGGCUUCACCUGUUGAAAAGCAAGGCUCCUUCCUUGAUUCGGGGCUGGCUGUGUGGGGCGGGCACAUUCCUUCUCGGGCUCCUCGCACAGCUGCCACUUCAAUCCCAGAUGGGUUAAUUCAUCCUGCAGUUGUGCCAAAGGACCUGGGCAGGGAGAGUCUCCUUCUGCUAAGCCAGGACCACAGAGUAGACCCCCUAGAGUGUGUUUGGCCACCAGCAAGUGGGAUGUGUGAGGUUUGGUUGGUGUGUGAACUUGGUGCUUGCCGGAGGCCAAAGAAGAGCUUUGUUUCCAGCUUUAGGAGCUGAGAGAAACUGGAGGGACGGAAGGAGGGUGUAGGUGGCUGGAAGGAGUAGCAAGAGGCCAUCUUGACUGUCUCUUAGUGUAAACCUGCCCCCCACCGUGAACCACCAUUGGCAGGAUCGGCAGCAGAUACGUUCUUUGCUUAUGAUAAUAUUUUAUUCUCUUGUUAGUUAUGAUGUUUUGAAUGUGAAGUUUAUAGUUGACUUCCUUUGCUAAUGUUUUCUUUUGAAAUGUUUAAGAUAUUUAUUUAUUUAUUUUGGUUAGCUAUGCUACAUUAAAUGUGCAUUCUGCCGUUGACCUCUUUUUUGCAAUGUUUUAUUUUAAAAUCUUUAGGAUAAUAUUUAGUUUCCUGUUAAGAAUGUAUACUUGUUGAUUUUCUGCAGCAAUGUUCCAUUCUGAAUUGUUUUAUUUGAUGUUUUAAUGUGUUGUAAACCGCUCUGAGAUUAUUAUUUUUCUGUUGAAGAUAUAAAGCGGUAUAGAAGCGAAAUGAAUAACAACAUCAGGGGUGGGAGGGGGAGAGCUAACAGGCGGCAGGGCUGGAAAAAUCAUUUCAGAUUCAGAGGGGCCAGUGCUGAGCAUUUCAGGAGCUAGUCCUACACUAUUGUGGAUGCUGGAGGAGCAUCGCAACUCAGCCCCUCACCCUGGCAUAUUCUACUGGCUACGAUAGAAUGCUUCUUUCAAGGCUGAUUUUAGCAGGUGGAGGGGAGGAGCCCUGUGGGUGCUGGAAGGGGGCUGUGGAAGGCACAUGUAUGGGUGCCAUGUGGCUGCCCCCCAUCCUAGGCAGUUCUCUUGCUGCUGCUUGGAUGCCCGUUGUCUGGGGUCUUUCCCGCUCCCCACAGAGGGGCAGCUUUUAGAACUAGUGUGGCCAGACCUGCCCCUUGUGGGUGGGUGGGUGAAUGAAUGAACAGAUCUUUAUUUGCAUCAGCCGUCGGCCAUAGCGAUAAAACAAUACGAUAUACAAAGAAUAGAAAUAAAAAGUCAAUUAUAUAAAAUACAUUUUAGGGUUUUGAAGCCUUGUCGCUGGUUGUUAGCAGAGUACACACAGAUGGCAGUAUAUCUGAAAGCCCUUGCCCCCACCCAAAAAGAGAGGGAACUUUACUCUCCUCUGAUUUUGCUGCUCCAUUCAAGACUUUGAGCUGGGGAGAGUGCUUGGUGCAUCUUGUUUUCUCAAGGGAACAAAUACUGGGUGAGAGUUUUGAAAGAGGUGGAAUCUUGGUCAGACCUUGUGCUGUUUCUGCAUAGCAAAGGGAGAGAAGAAUUAGGAGGUGGGAUGGGGGGAGCCUUUUCUGAAGGAAAAGGAGGCCUCCUGCCUUGAGUGCAGCCUUGCAUUGACUGUUCUUCAAUGUCUCCUCUGAUCUUUUUUCUUUCUUUCUUUUUUGGCAUUGGACAAUUUCUUUAAUGAGCACGAUAAAAAGCACUUUUUUAAAAGCAAAGGCUUUGCAGUCCUGUGUACAGGUACUAAGCAGUAUUUCAAGUGGCAUUUUAUUUUUAUUUAUUUAUUUAUUUCAGAACAUUUAUACACAGCUUGAUACUAAAAAACCUCAAAGCGGUUUACAACAAACAAAACAUUAAAAUCAAAAGUAAAGAGUGUAUGAAUAAACAUGCUUGGGAUUGUGCUAUUUGGGGAGGGAAUACUUUGCCAUAGGUGGCUUGGGGACAACAGUGUCUCUGUGUUAGAGGCUUAGGUGGUUGUGUUUCAACUCUUGAGUUUCUCCAGCAGGUCCCUGGCUUGGUAGGAGUACAAGGGGUUGUGCGCCUCUCUGCCAAGCGACCUGUAAACAGGCAAGGAACUUGUAGGACCCCCCCCCCCGAUGUUUCUAGACUCCAAGCAAUUGUGGCUAGUGGUCAGGGAUGAUGGGCUUAGAGUCCACAGUCUGCCUACCUCCAGAUUAGGGAAGGGGAAGAAUGGAGUGAUGAAACUUUGCUGUAGGUCUGCUUGUUUCAGGCUGGACGUGGAACUGGGCACAGGGCGAAGCAGCAUUUGAAGUGGCGGGGUGUGUGGGUAUAUGUGUGUGUCUGUGGGUGGGUGCUGGGAGCUAAGCUGGUGCCUUUAUUGUCCAAUGAGGUUCCUGGAGCUGGUGGUAAACCCAAAGGAUCAAGGAAGCUGGUGAUCUUCACACUCACAUAAGAACAUAGGAAGUCAGUCCCUUGGUUUAACUGGCUCAGUGUUGUCCACUCUGGCUGGCAGCAGCUGUCUAGGGUUUCAGGCAAGGGAUAUUGCCAGCCUUACCUGGAGAUGCUGGGGAUUGAGCCUGGAACCUUCCACAUGCAGGGCUUGAAUUCUGUACCACUGAGCCAUGACCCUUCUCCUGCUUGCCAUUGCCAAGGAGCCCUGUUGCAUCUUCUUUGUGUGUUUUGAGAUAGCAAGAAGCAUCUCUUAAGUUCCCAUGAGACACAUGCAUGUCUUCUCAGGCUCAGAAGUUACCCUCUGUGAGCUCUGUGUAUGCCCAAGAAUGUUUCUAGCCCCCUUUUGCUGUCCUUCAUAGAAAGAGGAGGAGUAAUUCUGGGCAGGCUGCUUUUACCCACCGUUAGUAAAGGUAAAGGGUAAAGGGACCCCUGACCAUUAAGUCCAGUCAUGGCUGAUCCUGGGUUUGUGGCGCUCAUCUCGCUUUAUUGGCCGAGGGAGCCGGCGUACAGCUUCCGGGUUAGUGGCCAGCAUGACUAAGCCGCUUCUGGCAAACUAGAGCAGCGCAUGGAAACACCGUUUACCUUCCCACUGGAGCGGUACCUAUUUAUCUACUUGCACUUUGAGGUGCUUUCGAACUGCUAGGUUGGCAGGAGCAGGAACUGAGCAACGGGAGCUCACCCCGUUGCGGGGAUUCGAACCGCCCACCUUCUGAUCGGCAAGUCCUAGGCUCUGUGGUUUAACCCACAGCGCCACCCGCAUCCCUUACCCACCAUUACUGAUCUUCAGAAAAACCAAAAAACCCUUAUAAGCUUCAGAAGAAUCCCAGGGUUUGUAUAACACCUGGGGUAAGCUGAGAACAAGAGGUGCUUGUUAACAAGAGUUAGGACUUGCAGUCUAAUUUUCUACCCUCUUAAAAAAGAGCAUCUUCCAGUCCCCAAAUUGUGCUUGUCUGCCGAGUAAUCUCUGCUUUCUGCGGAUACCAUGACAUUAGGAAGUCUGUUUGGUACAGUGUAGGAAUCUGGCCUUUGGAGUGGCACUAAAGGAAAUUGAGCUCCCUCCCAUUACGUAUCAGGGCAGCCAGCAUCUCGUACUGUCUUUCUGGCACCUACUGAAGACCUUCAUAUCCCGACAAGUGAUUAAGUCAGGGGAGGAUUGUACCUGUCUCUACCUGUCUGUACUUGAAUAAAUUGUUUGGAAAUACACUUUUUCUGUUGAUGUUAUUGUUAAUGACUUUGGAGUGUUUUAUGGGGAGCGAUUUAUAAAUGACAGAAACAAUUAAAAUAAUGAGGAAUAUCUUUGCAAAUAUUUUCUGCAGAAUUGGAACCCUGAAAUGUGACAGCACAAACUAUUAAAGGCUUUUCUUAGCAUAAUGGGAGCUACCUAUACAAAACCACUGAUCAAAGAGAUAGGUCCCUUGAGUCUGUUGACGCCUCAGCUUGAUUUAAAUUAGUGGCUUGAAAUUUUUAUUUUUUAUUUAAAACCAGGCCCUGUAGAGCCUGUUGACAAAAGUAUGUCUCCACUAGCAGAUCUCAGUUCAGCCUGCCUUAUGUUUGGUUUGAAGAGCAGGUGGCUGUCGGUUCACUGAUGAAUCAGUGGUAAUUGCAGAAUAUGCUGAUAGGCCAGGCAAAAGAAAAUCUGUUGUCUGUUUCUGUCUUUUGUGGAAUAAGCAUGCUAUUUUGUGUUGUAGCUUUUUAUAGUUUCCGAUGACUUAAAAAUAGACUUCAACCUUUGCAUAUCAUGAGCGUUAGAAUACGGCUUUACCUUGGGAGUUGGUAGCUAAUGCAAAUUGGCCCUACUUCCUUCUCUUUUUAUAUUGCAGGGGUGGGGCACAUUUUCAACCCAAGGGAGGCAGCCUUUUGAGGGCCAGGGGCCAAGGUGGCUGUCCAAGCCAAAUCAGUGUCUUGUGAUGCUUGCUGUUAUGCAGUAGGUGGGACGUGGGUGGUGCUGUGGUCUAAACCACUAAGCCUCUUGGGUUUGCCGAUCAGAAGGUCGGUGGUUUGAAUCCCCCCCCCCCCGACGUAGGGAGCUCCCGUUGCUCUGUCCCAGCUCCUGCCAACCUAGCAGUUCGAAAGCACACCAGUGCAAGUAGAUGAAUAGGUACCGCUGCGGCAGGAAGGUAAACAGCGUUUCCAUGCGCUCUGGUUUCCGUCAUGAUCAGGGUAGAUUUGAUUUAAAUCAAAUUUAAAUCACUAGUCAGUAAGACUUGAUUUACUGGACUUAACUGUCAGGGGUCCUUUACCUUCUUUUUAAAGACUUGGUUUAAAUAUUUUUUUUUACAGAAAGACUUAUUCUUGCUGGUAUACUCUUAAUAUUUACUAGCAGAUGAAGGUUUCAUUUUUGGAAUAAUAAAUUUUCACAGUAGUUUUUACAGUUAUAUCAAAAAUUACUAAUUUUGUUAUACUAUUAGAAAUACAUAGACAGGUAAUUAUGAAAUUAUUGUGAGGUUUAAUAAGUUAACUUUAUAUUUGGACACCUUUUCUGCUGUACUUUAUUGGAAGGAGAAAAAUGAUCAUUUCCUUAAUAACAAUUUAAACAAUUUAUUCAACCAAAGCAAUAACAUUGUAGCAUAUGUAUCCCUGUUUGUUAACUGAUGUGGUUAAACUUAAACAAAACAAAAAACCUUAGACUGAGUUUUACCCCACAUGAAAAACCUAAAACACAUCCUUAUUUCCUGAUGAAUAGCCUUUGGACUAUAAUGUAACUUAAAUAGAAAAAUAUUUAGAAAGCUUUUUCCUCCAAAAGCAUUUUAUUUUAAAAAUCUGAUUUAAAUUUAAUUUUUUUUUUUUAAAAAAAAAGAUUAUUUAUUUACUUAUUUUUUUUUUUUAAUCAUUGAUUUUUAUCCACCCUGAUCACGGUGUUUCAUUGCACCAGAAGCGGGUUAGUCCUGCUAGCCACAUGAUCCGGAAAGCUGUCUGUGGACAAACGCCAGCUCCCUUGGCCUGAAAGUGGAGAUGAGCGCCGCAACCCCAUAGUCACCUUUGACUGGACUUAACCAUCCAGGGGCCCUUUUCUUUUUACCUUUACCUAUGCAGUAGGCUACGUACCAGCCUUGUGCAAGCCACAGCUUUCUACAUGCACCUACCUCUCCACCCUACCAUCCAGACAUGUAAGAGGCGUUUAUCACAACUCUGGAGCACUUUGCAGCCAGGACAGCUUGUUCUGUUUUUUAAACCUCACCGAUGGCAGGAGUGCUUGCAAGCAAAUAAAUACUUAAUUAGAACAAUUAAUGGUUUGAUGCUGUGCAGGGUGUGUGAUGGCAUGGGGAAAUAGGCAAGAUUUCACUGUGCUGUCCUAGUAAUUUUGAUGAGUGUGAGAGGCUGGAUCUCUCACAUUUGGAAUUUGGACUGGAUAGCGCUGUUUCUGUUACACUGCCCUGGGGAGGGACCUCUUUUCAGUCAGGGCUGCAUUCGCUCCUGGGCAAGACCAAAGUGGGCAAAGUAGCAGUUGUGACUCCUUAACUUUUGUCCGGUGAGCUAGAUUCUGUUCUGUGCUGUCCAGCCAGGCAAGAGGCAUUGCCACAGCUCAGGCCUGUGUUCCUGCCAGGCAGAGGCACAAGAGAGGGCAGUGGCAGACAGAGGUGUGUCCUGGGGACGGUGCUGAGGACCAGAUUGAGAGGUCUGGAGGCUGGAGGUUCCCACCCACCCAGUGCUACAGUGAGAAGCUUUGUUCUGUGCUUUUUAGUUCUGUUUGCCGGUGCUUACAUUCCUUGCAUCAUGAGAGAGAGAACAGACUAAUUUAAAAAAGCUAAAAGGGGUAUGUAACCUUUUAUUAGGUUUCAGGUGCUUUACAUCUUGCGUUUCAUCUCCUCCUUACAUUACUAACAGUAUAUGGGCCCAGCAAGGAACAAUUGUUGCUAGUAAUAAUAAUAAUAAUAAUAAUAAUAAUAAUAAUUUAUUAUUUAUUCCCCACCCAUCUGGCUGGAUUUCCCCAGCUACUCUGGGCGGCUUCCAACAAAAUAUUAAAUUACAGUACUGUAGUUUGUCAAACAUUAAAAGCUUCCCUAAACAGGGCUGCCUUCAGAUGUCUUCUAAAAGUCUGGUAGUUGUUUUUCUCUUUGACAUCUGGUGGGAGGGCGUUCCACAGGGCGGGUGCCACUACCGAGAAGGCCCUCUGCCUGGUUCCCUGCAACCUCGCUUCUCGCAGUGAGGGAACUGCCAGAAGGCCCUCGGCGCUGGAUCUCGGUGUCCGGGCAGAACAAUGGGGGCGGAGAUGCUCCUUCAGGUAUACUGGACCAAGGCCAUUUAGGGCUUUAAAAGUCAGCACCAACACUUUGAAUUGUGCUCGAAAACAUACUGUCUCUCCCUUUGAGGCAAUAAAUGAGAUCUAGCAACAGUACCUGCUGAACAUAGCCUUGAGUCAGGUUUUUGGGUUGCUUCCGGGCAGGGUAUACGCAGGAGGAGCGUCUUCCGAGGCUGCCCUGCCCUCUGUCCCCAAUGUGAUGGGAGCGGAUUGGAGCACAGUCUGUUGCACUGCUCGGAUCUUCAUAUCAGCAGUUCAGGGACAAGACUUGCCCAUCUGGCUUACAGAUUGGGAGCAGAGAUCAGAAGGGCUGCAGAAUGGACUUGGCGCUGCCCUUGAAUGGCCCGACUGCAUGGAUUGCAGUAGCCCGUGUGUGGCUGCCUCCUUGAGGAGGGGCCAUCGUUCUGCGUCAGGGGGUGGGGAUAUUGAACUUGGGCCGCAUUUGUGGAGUCUGGGAAACCUGGUGGCUCCUCUGCUGCAGAGUAGGGCCAGGGGAAAAUCUGUGACAGCAGCAGUGGGGUGGAUAGGAAAACAUCAUUCUUCACCUGCCCUCUGCUUUCCCCACACUGUGGCGAAUACCCUGUCUGGCUGGGGGAGGAUUUGCCUCUUGCUUGCCUGGAUUCAGAAUAGAGAGGAGUGUGUAAGUUGUUUGUAGAAUAGAAUUUACAUUAGUUGCUCCACCCAUUUUUGUCCCUGGCCCCGCCCACCACUCACAUGUGGCCCUCAGGCUGAGAAAGUUUUCCUGCUCCUGUUCCAAAUGCUUGGACUUCCCAACUGAAGGAUCUUAAUCAGGCAGAGAAGGGACACUGCCAGUCAGGGUCAACAGCACUGAUCAGCUUGGUCCAAGGCAGCUUCUUAUACAUCUCCUUACAAGUCUUGACUCCAGCAUCCGCCCUGGCUUCCUGAGCACUGCUGGUUCUCGAUAGUUGCCAAGCUGGUCUUCAAAGAGUGACCCUGCCUCUCUGCAAGGCAGAAUCACAAGGAUUCAUGCAGAUGGUGGCAUUGUGGUUGUGUGCUGUUCAGGGUGAGAAUCUGUUCUGCCAGGCUGUGGAAAGGGAUGAGCAGAAACACCUUUUAAAAUUGCAGGUCACAUUUUUUAAAUGCUCCCAUUUCUGCUGGGCUUUUCAAUAGGGAGCCUUUUGACCCAAGGCAUGUGCUGGCUGGUGCUGAAGGUAGUUGUAACCCAGAACAUCUGGAGGGCAUCAGUUUGGCAGGGGCUUCCCAUUAGCAUGCUUGCUUUACUAGUAUUUGGCAAGAGAAGCUUAAAAAUGCCCAAACUGCCAUGCUUUGCCUAAUAUUGCAGUUGCAUCCCACAUCCAUUCAUUGUCGCUGAUGAACUUUACAAAACACAUAUUUUUUCUGCAGGAAAAUUAAGUGUUGCAAUAAUUUCUACCCUACAUUGUCGCCUUAUCCCGUGGCUUUACUACCAACUGACCUUCUUCCUCCUUGCUCUUUCCAGCUGCCUUUCCGCAUCGGCUGAACCUUUUCUACCUGGCCAAUGAUGUCAUCCAGAACUGCAAAAGGAAAAACGCGAUUGUGUUCCGUGACACGUUUGCUGAAGUGCUCCCGGAGGCUGCCGCUUUGGUGAAGUAAGUUGAUGGCUUCCCCCUGCAUUUCUCAUCCAACACAACAAAAGUCUUUUUGUUUCGCUGCUCGCCAAACUCAAGUUGGUGUGCGGAGGAGGCUGGCUGGAUUUCUUUGUUUGCUUUGUGAAUGAACAGCAAGGCAUGUGUGAAAGCAGGUUCUGUCACAGGGUACUUCUUAGGAAGCAGAAAGCACAGUGCGAGGGCAGGACAUUGGCUUCUUUAGGUAGGCUGUGCUUAAGUAACAACACCCAAGUGACAACACUCCUUGGCACUUUUCAGGGAACAAGACAGAAGGUCUCUGUCCCAAAGAUCUUAAAAUCUAAAAUAAUUUUGUGAUUUUAGCUCUGAAGCCACAGGCUUUUGUGUUGAUAUUCAGCUCUGGCUGGGGCAGAUGGGAAUUGUAGCCCAAAAACAAACUAGAGGACAUCAGGUUGAUGAAAACUGUCCUAAGGGAAAGAUAUUAGGGGGAGAUUUUUGCCUUUUCUCAGCGAACUAUCCCUCUUUGCAGGUGUUGCUUGACUGCCUUGAUCUAACCCCUGGUUUUACAAGCACAGCACUGUUUGCUGCUUUGUAAGGACAAGUGGUGCUAACUGAAAGCCAGGGCCUUGCCAGAUGAAAAGACACCUUAGUCCAUCUGUGAGCUCUGUCAUUGCGUUUAUUAAAUUUGCAUAUGUCUACAGCUUCACCCUUUAGACGUAUGUCUGUUUCAUGGUAGGAAUGCACCUCUUGAGUGGAGAAUUUGGGGGAAGAGACUUUAGCGAGUGGCAGAUCCCUGCACUAGCGUUGUAAGAUAUGCUGAGGCUAAGACUAUUAUCUAUGUCAGAAUGUACAUGUUUUUUUGUGGAAUUGGGGGGGGGGAAUAUCAGCUGUACAUAUUUUUGUCAUUUGCCCCAACCUGUGCUGGUUGCUAUCCCCACCUGCAGAAAAUUAUUGAAAGAGAAGGUAAGGUGAGAAGCCUCCUUUUUGCAUUUUAUUUUAAUCAGCCAUCUCUUCUGGCACUUUGUAUGUCCACAGAGGAGGGGGCAAAUUGAUGCGCUAGAAACAGUCAUGUGUUAUCUAUGUGUCCUUUUCAGAGAUCCAUCAGUCUCCAAAUCUAUAGAAAGAAUCUUUAAAAUCUGGGAAGAUAGAAAUGUGUAUCCAGAAGAAACCAUCAUGUUACUGAAAGAAGCUUUAAGUAAGUUCUCCAUUAUUCUUUUUCACAUCUGUGCAGUUGUGGUGAUGACUUAGAGGGUGAGUGAGGCAGAGUUUGGUUUGAGAUUACGAGGACAACGUUUUAUCCUUUAAAUCCAUUAGCUAUCAUCUCUCUGCACCUGCACAGAAGUCAGUAGUGGCAUUUUGCUUAGGGAAGAGAAUUCUGAACUGUCUGCCCCAGGUUGCUGUGGUUUACACCACUUGCCACUUAAUUUCCAUCCUUAAUUUUAAAUACCUGAAAGGUUACUUAAAUAUCCAGCCCUGGGGAAACCCAGCCAGAUGGGCCGGGUAUAAAUAAGAAAUUAUUAUUAUUAUUAUUAUUAUUAUUAUUACAAUUCUAUGUGACACUGGUGAGUGAUGCAGUCUUUUAGCUUGCUGGGGCAACAAAGUUCCAGUUCAGCAUUUCCCAGUGGAAACGUCAUGCAGUACAUUUUUGUAUGCAACUGUAAGGAAACUCUCUCCAGGGAAGCAGGAUCCUCCUUUGUCCAGACUAACCUAAUAGCCCCGCAGAGUAGCAUUCGUACACUGAAGCCUCACAGAUGGUCAUGAUGUUGCACGAUAAGUCCUGCUUUUGCUAUUUUGACGAUGCUUUUCGUCUGGGGUGCUAGUGUUAGCAGGUACCAUCUCCCUUGUAACGCUGCCCUUGGAUUAGUGCCCCAGUCAACAGACUUUUCUCGCUGCAGCAGGAGAUCUUUUAACGUUGAUUUCCAGGUUAUCUAUAGCCCUGCUGUUCCUCAGAGCUUGUUUGUCUGCAGAGCCCCUACAGUAUAAAUGCUGGGCUGGGUGGGCCAUGAAAACAGAAUGAGUUGUGGGGAGUGGCAUGUUCAGAAAGUGUGAGAGACUUCCGUAUUUAAUUUGCACGGUGGAAUCUUUCAAGUCCAUUUAAGCUGCCAGACAUCCAUGGACAUAAGGCUUCCUGUCUACGCUCACAAGCCAAGCGAAAGGGGCUUUUAAACUACUGCCUGCAAAUUCACUUGAGGUCCCAACUCUGUUCCUUGAGAUUGCCAACUUCGUCCUUUUCAUGUAAAGCCUGAUUGAAAUCCUGAAAGGCGGAGGGACCCGUCCUCAGAAGUUUCCGCAUUGUAAGCUCAGAUUUUUGGUUUUAAGUCUCCUGCUGCUUUGCCUUGUAAAAUGUUUGCCAGCAGGUAUCAACCUCUAUUGGUCUCUCUCUUUCUCUCCCUUUUUUUAUUUUAAACAUGCAUAGAGACUCCUAAAGGGCAUCCCAUAAUCUCAGACUGCAAAACAAAAAACAAAACCAAACAAAAAUGUUUUCCAGGUUCCACUUUCAAAGCUCAGAAGCAGCAGAAAGAAACUCAGAGCAAACAGCCAACUAAGUCAUGGAAGAAACCUCAAAGUAAGGAAAUCCUCACGGGAAACGGUCUGAGCUUUUGAUAUUUUAACCUCCUUGAGGAACAGCCUAGAACAGACACACACACACCAAAAAAACACACCUCACCGUAGGCACUCACGGUGCCUUGUGUUCUUCGUCAGGCUGGCAGCAUCCUUUGCUAAAGGCACCAAGAGAGGGACUUCUUAAAAUUAUGCAGGACAUAUGACUGUGUUUAAAUUAGCCCAUGGUGUACAGAGAAAAGAUGUGGUGGGGUGUUUAGGGGAGCUGGCGUUAGUAUAUUGAAAGAGGGAGAGACAGCACACAUGAUUAGUGAGUGGCAAUUUACACCUGGCCGGUCAGACUUGAAGCCAAGGACCUGCAUCCAGUGGCACAGGACUAGGUUAACUUAAACAGCAGGCUCCUUUAAAUGCAUCGGGGAGAGAGAGAGCACGCAGAUAACAAACCGUCUUUGGCAUUCUCGGAGAACAGCUUAUAAGUCCACCAGCACAGCAGCAGUACAGACAGGAAAGCCCCAAAUGGCUAAGAGAAGAUGACCAAUGGGACGUCAGACAGGAAAGGCUUCUGUCAACCGCAUUAGACUAAUGUUUGGGAGUUGGGCUUGGAUCCACCUGGAAACCAGUUUGGCACAAGGCCGAAAGCCUGUCUCUCUAACGGCAUGUUGUUCCUCUGUCAGGAGAAGAGACGUAACGGAGGCUGCAAAUAGUCUUCAUUUUGCUAAGCAACAUCUGGAUUUAUCCUGAAAGGAGUAUUCCGUUCCUCCUCUCUGGAAGCUGCAAAUUAGAGCAAGGAAGCUAAGGCGUUGCUUUGCAAGCAUUUGGCAGGGGUGGGGGGUACCGCAGAAUGACCCACCUCUCACAAGAAGUUGCCCAUCGCAUCUCUGCAUUAGUUGCUGCCCUGCACUAGGACAGAACAGGCAUUCAUGCAGAGAGCGGAGGGGAUUCCUCCUCUUGCCUCUUUAGAGUAAGAGGCACAGCAGUGCGCUCAGAGGUUUAGGGGGGUGGGCAGGGUUGGUGCAGAGGGCUGUUCCUGGGGAGCAACCAACCCGGGUGUAUCACUCUCCCUGCAUGUGUGAAGCAUCCGUGUUACAACUGAGUGUGGAGGGAGGAUAGUGGCUUCCUGCUGGGGGGUUUUGCACAGACCCUUGCAUGUGGGAAACGAAGGAGGGGGUUCUCCUCUAGAAUGCUGUACCUGCCUGCACUAUCUUCUUUAAACACCUUGUUCCUUUGUUCCCACAGCCUCUACAAAUCCCAAAGCCGCACUGAAGUCCAAGAUUGUUGCAGAAUUUCGGGUAAGUCCAGGAACCUCUUCACCUUAUUCACUUUGUGCGCGGGCACGAGACCUGAAAAACCAUCAGUUUGCAGCAGGGAUGACAAACUGGUGGCCCUUGGUGCUCAAGUCAGAAAGCAGGCCCUGGGGACCAGAGGUUGCUCGACUCCAACUCCCAGCAGCUGGUACAGCCCCUGUGACCAGGGAGGUUGCUGGUGGGAGCUGGCAUCCAGAGACAACUGCAGGCCCACCGGUUCCCAGCCCCUGCCUUGAACUCUGCACCCAUAUCUGCCUUAAGAUGGAGUGUCAAUGAGGUAGCAGAGUGGAUAGGCUAGACACUCCAAGGAGCUCUGCACGUUUUUUGAGCUACCCAUAGGGAUGUGGGGAUAAACAAGAAAGUUAAGAAGAGCCUACUGGAUCAGGCCAGUGGCUCAUCUGGUCCAGCAUCCUGUUCCCACAGUGGCCAACCAAGGGAAGCCCACAGGCGGAAUCCAAGCACAAUAGCACCAGCCUCUCUUGCUGCUGCCAGCAGCUGGUCUGAACGGGAAGGCAGAGCAUAGCCAUUGUGGCUAGUUGCCCUCUCCUACAUGAAUUUGUCCAGUCUUAUUUUAAAGCUGAGGGGCGUAACUACCUCGGUGAGAGGGUAGUCCGUACUUUUAGAAGGAGCCCCGUGAAGAAGUGCUUUUUUGGAAGCAGCACAAAUAUGGCCAGUCCCCUAUAUUUGAAAACAUAAAAUCUUGCAUGUCUUGCUCAUUCAUUCAUUCUCUCACACACACACGUAACCAGUCAUGUGCUUGGAUGCAUUUUGACAUAUCCACAUAUUUAAAAAAUAUUAGAAGGGACAGAUUUGGAAAUCCUAUUACAAAGGCAAUUUGUUUUGGGGUGCAUGUGCCAGAAUAGCAGGGCAAGACUCUGCUGCAAGCUGCAGGGCCAAAGUCUAGAUCCUGGAGCCUUGUUAGCAGCUUGGUCAACCAGAGGAGGAGGAGGAGGAGGAGAAGAGAGAGAUGCUGAAUCCUGGGCAUAUCCGGGGCCUGCGUGUUCUUGUUGCUGGGUGUGUAUUUAACGGUCACCUUUUGCCCACUGCCACACAGUGUGGUGCGGUGUUGCACUGCUGAUUGAGAUGGCAGUCAAGAGGUCAGAGAUCAGCACUGUACAAGAGAGGGAGGUCAGGGAAAUUGGGUGUUGGUGGAGAGAGGGACACAGAAGCUACCCUAGAAAAAUGCCAGGCCGGAAAAAUGUCUUGCAUGCCCCACACCUGCAUUUCCCAUCUUUCUGUACACCAGUGGGACUCCCCCCUACCCCAAGAAUUGGAAGCAUUUGCACUGCAUUCUUCUCUCCCUGCCUGCCUCACCACAAAGUACUUUCAGCUUCAUAAAUCAGUUUGCUUCCAUUUUUGUGUCUUGACGGAAUCCACAUCUCUCUCAUUUUCUCCCUCCCCAUCCAGCCACAGUCCCUGGUUGAUGAACUGCUCUGCUACAAGCGUUCCGAGGACCAGAUAGAGCUGAAGGAAAAGCAGCUCUCCACCAUGAGAGUCGACGUCUGCAGCACCGAGACCCUGAAGUGCUUGAAAGGUGCAGUGCACAGGCGGGGCUGGGCAUCGGAUUUCCCUUAAGCCACGUUGCCUUAAGAACUGCCCGAACCCUUACAUAUCCCUGACUGUAUACAAAUACACACACGCCUAUCCUCCCAUGACCACCACCAAGGUGUAGGGUCAAUGGCUUGUCUUCACAAAGUUCUGCUCAGAGUAGAUCCAGAGUAGUUAGAUCUACUAACUUAAUUGGGUCUGCUCUGAAGAUCUCCCAGGCUGGGAGGCUGGGAGGAGAAAAGGAAGCUCCCAGGUGAGAGAUGGGAGGGUGUCACACACCUUCUGUGUGAGACAAGAAUUAAAAUCUACUUUUGGGAGAGGGCUUUGUAUUGUAUUCUAAUUUCUCUCUCUUUUGUUUUGCUUUGUUGUUGUUUUGUUUUUUACUUUUAUUUAGAUGAGUUUGAUUAGUUUGUUUUUUAUUAUAUUGUAUGUUGAAAAGAUUCAGUGUAUAUGUGUGUAUAUAUAUGGGUCUGAGUAGGACUAGCACUGACCAUCGCCUGUUGAUUUCUUUCAGGGGAGGAAGGGUUGGUCUCUCUUGCUUUCUCUCCUCCCCCUGCUAAGCCAAAAAAAACCCCCCUCCUUUCCCUUUCAGACAAAACAGGGGGAAAGAAAUUCUCCAAGGAGUUUGAGGAGGCGAGUGCCAAGCUGGAAGAGUUUGUCAACAGCCUGGACAAGCAGGUGAAAAGCGGCCCAUCCUUGACAGAGGUGCUCGAGAACGCGGGGAUCUUCUAUGAAGCGCAAUACAAGGAGGUCAAGGUGGUGGCAAAUGUGAGUGCAAAGGGGAUUCUCCACUCCAUAAAGCAGCCUCCCGGCUGAGCACACCCAUCAGCCCUGGGCAUUGGCCAGGGGGGCUUGGUGGCGUUGCCAUUCGAAAUGUCCCGCAGGCACCAAAUUCAGAAAGGCUAAAGCAUCAACUGAGUCAGUGUAGUUAACGCAGUCUCAUGUUCAUUGGAAACCUGUGGCUUUCAAACUGCGCUAUUGGGAGUGGAGGGCAGUUUUCCUCCAGAACUCUACUGAGGAUUUCUUAACGAACAGAUUGGUGGUGAGCAAGCACCCAGUUCUGUGUUGCUCUGGGCAGCCACAGGAGAGCAUUGGGCGUGCUCCAGAGUGUCCUCUUGGUUCGGGCGGGGCAGCACCCAGGUGUAAGGGACAGAGUCUCUUCAGUGGUGGCACCAAAACAUCAUAGAGUUGGAAGGGAUCCCGAGGGUCAUCUUGGAAUCCCUUCCAAUUCUCCAACCCUUCUGCAACCACAGCUAAAGAAUCACUGACAGAUGGCCACCCAACCUCUGCUUAAAAAUCUCCAAUGAAGGAGAUUCCACCACCUUCUGAGCGGGAGUCUGUUCCACUGUCAAACAAUCAGGAGGUUCCCCCCCCCCCCCAAUGUUUAGCCAGAGUCUUCUUUUUUGUAAUCUGAAUGCAGUGGUUCAGGUCCUACUUUCUGGACAGCAGAAAACACAAAUAUUUGUGCACGCUUGUUAAAGGUAAGACAUGAAUACGGCUUUUCUCUCUCAUUCCACCGCUUUGGCCAGGCUUACAAGACCUUUGCUAACAGAGUGAACAACCUCAAGAAGAAACUGGAUCAGCUGAAGGCGACGCUUCCUGACCCUGAAGAAUCGCCCGUCCCCUCCCCGAGCAUGGACGCCCCUUCCCCGACUGGCUCGGAGUCUCCCUUCCCUGGGAUGGGGGAGGACGACAACUCCCCUUCCCCAGGGGCAGAAAGGGAGAAGUCUCCGACUCCAGAGCCCGCAACGGACAAUCGUGACGUGGAGGACAUGGAGCUCUCUGAUGUGGAGGAGGAGGAGGCCCCAAAGAUCAUCGGUAGGUUGUCCAUCAGGGUUUUUUUGGGGGGGGUGGGCUUUGAACUUAGGGAAUGGCCACAUGUAAAGAUGGUUCUGGACUCUGCCAUUCUGGGGGGUGGGAAGAGGUGAGGGAUCUGUGGAGAAACGGGUGGGGAAAGCAUCAUUGUGUCGGGGAGACAAGCAAAGCGGUGGUUCCCAAAUGGGCAGUACUGUCCCCUUGGGGGCACUGGGGUUACUUAAGGGGGGGCACCAGAGUUUUAAAUGACUAUCAGAGUUUGGAAAGUUGGCAGCAAGAGCUGGUUCAAGCUCAUCAAUUUUGUUGAACGAAUUAAACUAAAUAGAUUGAAUCAGAUUUUGUGAUUCAAUAUGCAGUUAAUUACUGUUUUGAAUUUUAUCAUGUUCUUUCCAUUGUGGCUCGUGCAAAGCGCUAUUCUAUAUAGUGCUUUUCAUAGGUUAAGAGUAGGGGGCACUGGGGAUGAAUUUAGGAAACCAAGCUGGCAGUGGCCGCAGAAGGUUUAGGAAACACAUAAACUGCCACAUUGGGGGGCAGGCGGGAUAAGGAACUGAAAUGGUUAGAAUUGUUCUAAACUUUGUUUCGCACACACAGACAGAGUAAUGCAAACACCAUGAAUGACCGUAUGAAUGAAUUCUGUGCAUUUUCCUUCUCCAACCUCAUGCCCUUUGGAUGUUUGGCUGCCAAUCCUAUUAUCCACUGUGGGGAGUGUAUUCUAAAACACCUGGAGGGUCCCUGCUUAGGGAAAGCUGGUGUGGACUGAGCAAUGCCCUCUCCUCACUGUCUCCUCUCUGUGUCUUUUGCACCAGUGGACGAACGGAAAGAGAAGCCAGCUGUUUCCACAAUGCCCCCUGCGAAGAUGGCUGAAAGCGUCCCGAAAAUGUCUCCUUCCACGACAGCUGCAGCAGCAGCAGCAGCAGUGCCACCACUGCAAGCAGCAGCAGCAGCGCUACCUGCUCCUGUUGUGGCAACGCUGGCUCCAAGCCCCAUCACCCCUACAACCCCUAAGCCAGCCACCCCAGCAGCACCCCUUCCCCAGUCCCCUGCCCUCGCCUUGCCGAACCUCGCCAAUGUGGAUUUGGCCAAGAUCAGCUCCAUUCUCAGCAGCCUCACCUCGGUGAUGAAGAACACAGGUGAGAGUCGCGUGUCCUGGGGCUCUGUGACAACUGGACUGGGUCUUGGGCAUCUGUGUCAAGGGGUGGAGUCCUUUGCAGGCUGAAUAAAUGACGCAAACUGGGCGUAUGUUCUCCUUGCAUAACCUACCUCUGUGCUUGUUAGUUGUGGGAGGGGCAGCGGCACUGAAGCCCCCAACACUGGAAACCGCACUUGGCCACCCUUCUUGGUGUGAGGUCUGCUUGCUCCCUUUUUCCAGCAUAUCUUUGUAGCCAAGAGAGCUAGAAAAGUUUUUUUUAAAAAGUGGAAAUGUUUGGGAAACUGAAUUCUCCUCCAAACUCUGCUUUUUACGGGUUUUCUUCACCUCCACAAAGUCCUAGCCCAACCUGACUUCCCAGCCUUUGGUACCCUCUCUCCCUCUUGCUUUUUUUUAUACGGUGCGUGAGCUUCUUGGAGUUUUGGGGUGAACCGUGGUCUUUAUCCUGGCUCUGGGGUGUGUCAGGCCCAGAGGCUUCUGUAUAAUUCCACGUUGUGCAACCUUUCCUUCCCUCCAGGCGUCAGUCCUGCCUCGAGACCUUCGCCUGGCACCCCAACCAGCCCAACAACACUUAUGAGCGGCCUGAAGACCGCAGGGAUGGGCCCCCUGACUGCCCCUCCAAACCCUUUGGCCAAUAUCUUCUCCAAAGUCGAGAUCACCCCCGAAAGUAUCCUCUCAGUGCUCUCCAAGAGCCAGAGUCAGUCUGCACCAGGCCUGCAAGGUAAGGAGGUAGUCAGCCUGGGAGGGAUGGGGCCAGUGGUCAGACUGGGCCUCCCACGAGCAUCAAUGGGAGACUCCCUUACUGGAAUGGACCUUCUUAGUUAUCCCCCCUGGCUGAUGCAGCUUGCUCCUUGAAGAGCAGCUUCGAGCUUAAAAUGUGCCAGAAUGUCCUUAGUAUUGUUUUCAGGGGGAAUGUUUAUUUAGGGUGAUUUCAUACUCCUAGUUAACCCAUUGGAAACAGCCGCCUUAAUGUUGGAUGCCAUCUUCAGUUUAUAUUCAUUUUGCAAAAGUUGGGAUCCAAGUAAGUUCUACUUAAUGGACUGAGAUUCAGUUGCGUUGGGUAAUUUAAGCAGUUCUGCUCAUAAGUAGGACUAACAUUUGAGACAACCCAGUAUCCCAAAAUCACAGUGAUACAUAAAAUAACUUGUGGUCCCUUGCCUGCUUGACUCAGGUAGAGGGGAAUUAGGGCUCUUGGAGGCUAAGUUGAGAUUGGCACAACUCUGCGGUUGCAGAUUGGGGCUUCCCGGGCCCUUGACCAGCAGCAAAACAGUCCAGUAAAACGGUUAGAUAAAAUAACAACCUGGGUUGGCUUAGAUUCUAAAAGGAUUUUUAAAAGAACUGGCAAAGGUUCGCUGAAAGGCUGCUACUUUAUGGAGGUCGUUCUCUUGCCCCUCUUGCUUCUUGAUCAAAAUGUUCCUCUUCCGCUCCAGGUCUGUCCUCGUUCCUCCAGAGUGUGGCUGGAAACACAGCCCAACCCACCGAGAUGGCGUCGCAGAGUACGUCGGCAUCGCCGGCCAACACGACGGCUUCUUCUGUAAAAGGAAGGAACAUUUCCUCUAAUGCUCAGCCCUUCAUGCCCCAGAGUUUUGGCUAUUCUCCAAAUUCUUCCUCCUCCGCUGAGGUUUCUUCCACCUCAGUCAACAAGGUUCCUUCUGGGCACAGUGUGGGCCUCCCCAGUUCCAGUUUCAAGCCUCCCACCAAUUCCUUGGGGUUCUCCGGCUCCCACAAUGUCAGCCCUUCCCUUCGGCCGGCUGAGAACCCCACGAGCCAAUCCUCCGAGCUGGCGGAGGCCAAGCUCGAGUUGGAACCCCCUUCCCCAAGUCUGGAAAUGAAGAUACACAACUUCCUGAAGGGGAACCCAGGUUUCAGCGGCCUGAACCUCAACAUCCCCAUUCUGAGCAGCCUGGGGUCUGCCGCUGCGCCCCCCGAGAGCCAGUCGUCUUCCUCUGAUUUCAACCGCGGACCCACAAGCACCUCUAUGGACAGCAUUGAUGGGACUCCCGUCCGGGAUGAGAGGAGCGGGACUCCGACUCAGGAUGAGAUGAUGGACAAGCCGUCAUCCAGCAACGUGGACACCAUGUCGCUGCUGUCAAAGAUCAUCAGCCCCGGAUCCUCUACUCCGAGUAGCACAAGGUCACCCCUUCAGAGCCGGGAUGACAGCUACCCCCAAGAAUUGUCCAACUCGGUGUACAAGUCCUUCAGCUUGAGCCGAGAUUCUCCAGCCAGCAUGUACAAGCAGUCUUCCGAUGGGAUAGAGUUGCCUUCCUCUUUAAUGGACUCUCCGCAAGAGAAGUUCUACCCAGACACCUCAUUCCAGGAGGAUGAAGAUUACCGUGACUUUGAUUACUCCGGCCCACCGCCUUCUGCUUUGGUGAACCUGGAGAAGCAGCCAGGAAAGUCAAUCCUGAAGUCCACCAAGCUUUCUGACCCCUCCGAGUACCCGUCUGUUCUGUCGAGUUACGGUCAACGUGCCUCCGGGUUUGGCCUGAAAUCUGCUUUCCCCCAGUCAAUCAGAGCUCUCCACGACCAGAGCGAAAGCUGCGACCCAUUGCCUUCGCCUGGAAUAUACGGAGGCUACGGUUUGCGGGGAAACGACUCCGGCUCGGAUGCUUCGCCUACGCCGAGCAAGAACGAUGUCUUUUUCCCACCGGAUUCCAAUCACAACAGCUUGUCCAAACCCAUGCCUCAGAAGCAGUAUCCGGAUUCCCCGCACUUGGUCCCCCAAAGGUCGCUUUUCUCCCCGCAGAACGCGCUCCUGGCCCCGGCCAGCAGACUCCCCACGAGCAACGCAGACAAGCCCGUCGUGUCUUCCAUCUCCGCCACUUCAACCAUUGAGUUCAAGAACAUGCUGAAGAACGCCUCCCGCAAGCCCUCGGACGAGAGCAAGCAUUUCAGCCAGGUUGCGAAAGGGGGCCCCAGCGACAGCACGGGCCUGUCAGGCCUCGGCCAGGUGGGGGUUCCUCCCGGGGGGGAGCAGCAGAAGCAGCAAGAGGAGCAUUACCGGAUCGAGACCAGGGUGUCGUCAUCCUGCCUAGACUUGCCCGACAGCACCGAAGAGAAGGGAGCCCCCAUCGAAACACUGGGCUACCACAAUGCCUCCAGCAGAGGCAUGCCUGGCGAGCCCAUCCAGACAGUAGAGUCCAUAAGAGUCCUUGGGAAAGGGAGCCGAGGCCACGGGCGAGAGACCCCCAGAGCGGGGUGGUUUGAGUUGAGCAGCGCAGGUAGUACCUUCGAUAACGGUCCUUCGGGUACGACGGAGAUGGCGCCCAUGGGUGGUAGCGGCAGUGGUGGCGGCGGCAGCGGCGUGUCCGGCUUCCCGACCCAGUACAAAGACCGUGGGCCACCGUUCCAGGAGAACGUCAACAACUUCCGACCCGGCGGCUUUGCCGCUGCCGCCUUCGACCGCCACGUGCCGCCCCCUCCCCUUGAGCACGGGGCGUCUUUCCCCAUGGACCAAAUUGGGCCGCCUCCCCCCACAGGGCCUCAGUCCCUGCCUCCGAAGGAUCUCGGCAGCCUUUUCUCUCGGGACCACUCUGUCCCCCCGCCCCGGAUGCCGUCGGUGGAUCACGCCGGCCCUUUCUCAAAGGAAGCCGCCUCCCCGCUCGGCCUGCCCCACGGAGUCCCCCCGCCCCCGCCUCCCUCCUUGGAACGCAGCGGGGUGCCCUUUCCCACCCAGCCGCCCCCUCCUCUCCCCGGGGAGCACGGCAGCGUCCCGUUCUCCAGCCCGCCGCCCCCUCCUGGGGACCUCGGACUCCCGUUCCCGGCUCCCCCUCUAGCCGCCGAGCGCCAGAGCCCCUUGGCCGUGCACCAGGGGACAAUGAAGGAGCAUUUUAGCAUGCCAUCGGGAGCAUCUCGGGACCAGCUAGGCCAGGGGCAGCGCGACCACGGCGGCCGGGCGAGAGAGAACCUGGGUCUGGGCACCCUCCCAAGAGAUCCUCUGGGCGCGGCCCUUAACAUCAGCUCCUCUGUCCCCCCUCACCGGGACGCCACAAACCGAGGCGGGCUGGGGAUGAGAAACCAGAGGCCGGAUUUCCGACCCAGGGAAUUGUUCUUAAACAGAGACCCCUUUAACAGCUUAAAAAGGCCUCGGCCCCCCUUCGCCAGGGGCCCCCCCUUCUUCGCACCAAAACGUCCCUUCUUCCCUCCCAGGUACUGAAUGAAGGUGUUCCAGAACUUUUCUAGAGAGCGGCGGAAGUGACAUGCUCACUUUCGUUUUAUGUUUAAAGUCUUUUCUUUAAAAACAAGAACAACAAACCAAUCUGCCCCUUAAAGGGCCCCACAACUUUUUUCGUUGUCAAUUAAGGUAUGUUCUGUACUUCAAUGCAUUUAUUGCAUUCUCCCCCUCCCCCCACCCCCAAUUUUCAUUCUCUUUGCUUGUUUGGAGGGGCUUUUUAGUUGACGGCCUAAAUUUAGAGAGUGAGUUUUGGUUUUGGCUUUUCUUUUUUGCAGAAUAACUAAAAACCUAACCAUAAAGUGAACGUAGAAAUAAAGACUUUUCAGUUCCUGAAACAUAGGGUUAUAUUUUAUAUAUAUAUAUAUAUUGAGCCAACGCAUAGCAAAUUGGGACUCCCCUAGCAUUGAAGUCAGAGUUAGGAGAAAAGAUCCUAACACAAUUUAGGAAGAGAAAAGGUCCAAGAAGUCAAAGCUUGCCUUUCAUGCUGUCGCUUUUAACUCUUCUUGUGCCUCUUUUCCUUUUUUUCCCCUUUUUUGGUCAGAAUUACUCUCCCCGCACCCUUCAAUGGCCUGGGCUGAUUCUUCAUGGGCACAUUUAAUAUUUGCUUGAGUCAACCGUUGGGGAAAGGGAAGGAUUUGCUAUUUCUGUGCACCUGUUAAUCCCUUUUUCUUGCUUCCUUGCAGUUCUUUAGGUUCUUAAAGUUCUCAUACAUUUCUCAGAUUGGCAAAGGGAUGGGAACAGGAGAAGCCCAUGCCAGAAUAACUCCACUUUGCCUGGGGUCUCAAGGGCUUUAAAGAGAUUGUUAUCUGGAGACGGGUUAAAAACAGGGUGGGUAAUGGGCAAAUUCUAUGCUGGUGCUUAUAGCUGGCUGAGGCUGCUAGAGUCAUUUGGGGGGCGGGGAGCAGAUAUGGCCCAAGCUCUCCCCCUGGUCACCUUCCUCUUGAAGCCAGCUAUGCAUUGCUAAAAGCUGCUGCUUUUAAAUCCCUCCCUCACCCCCAAAUCAUAAGAGGGCAGAGAUGCCAAGCUCUCCUGCUUUUUCUGAACUUAGUUUGCUCAGAUAGCGAGCUUUGUGCUCUUUAAGGAGAGGAAUGGGCAAGGAGGUGUCAUCAGUCAGUGAAAACAGCUUGGUGUCUACAGUUAAUGCAUAGCAUUUUCUACAAGGCAUCUGUGCCUCAGCAGACACAUUGGCCUAGUGAAUUUCAGCUCCCUUCAAUUGGGUUCCACGGAGAAUGGCUGUACCUGAUGCCAGGCGACUCCUGCUUCCUUCUGCUCAAGUCUUUUCCCGCUUUCCCUCCCCCAAAAUCCCUCCUCGAGAGCGGAGCUGUUCUCCAGAUCCCAGAUCCACCCAGAUUCUCUUCUCUACUGUCUCCCCUCCCACCUGCCCAUUUGCCUCCUUAUUUUUCUCUCAACACAGCUGUGGGCAUAGACAACUUUUCUGUAAAAACUGGGAUUCACUUAAUAGCCACGUUUCAUUUAAGGCGACAGGAAAGUUGCAUUAAAAAAAAUAAAAAAUGUUAGGAAUAAUCUGCUAUUCUGUGCAUUUGAAACAAUAUUCCACAGCUCAUAUGUGCACAGUUUUCCUUUUUUUAAAAAAAGUACAUAGCAUGAACAGUUUUUAUAUAUCAGGUAGAUCUUGAAGGUCCAUGGGUUAUGAAGAGUUUGGUUUUAUUAAAACCUGACAGUUUUAAAAUGCCAAGGCUCUACAAAAGGGGGGUAGUUUUCCCUACAGUCCUCCUUGACCCAUCUAAUCUGGGUGAUGUCUACUCCCAGGGUUUUUUCCCCUGAAAAAUUAAUUUUAGCGAAUGGUAAACCUCAAAAGGGUAAACUCAAGUUCGUUCAGAUCCUGUUGUUCUGAUCCCAAGCAGAAGAGAUUGUCACUCUCCAUAUUAGGGGUCUGUGACUAGCAGUUAUUGAGCUCAUCUCUUACCAGGAAGCAGGAAAAUUGAGUUUAAAUCCUCUCGCAAGCUUAUUGUGCACCCGGCAGGACCCCUCUCAAAGAUCCCUGGUUGCUACUGGCUUGUGAGCACAGGAACCUUAACACCCCUCCCCAGAACUGAAAUUCCCAAAAGUGCUUGCAGGGAGGGGGCGCCCAUCUGAUAAACCAGCUUAACCUCACUAUUGUGAAGGUCCAAUUGCACCUGUCGUUCAGAAAAAAACAACAUCUCUCUCCUCCCCACCUUGUGACACGAGGGAGCUAACAACAGUCUGUGGCUAAUCUGUACAGCUAAUCUCUCUCUUAACUGCAUGGCUUCUGGUGCCACUCUAGAUUAAAGUGUUUCAUCUUUAGACAUUAGGGAGGUUUUGUCGGUCUACUCCUCCCCCCUAAGAAACAUCACUUACUUGCAUUAUGCUGUAUAUAAACCCACGGGGCCGAAAUCCAUCGCAGCUUUCUCCCACGUCAGACCAGUUCGUUUUGACGUGGCCUGUUUAGCAUAGCUUUCUUGUGAAGCGUUCCCCAAGUCGGCUUCUUAGAUUUUCCCACGGUUUCUUCAGACAGGCUUCACAAUUUGCAGAGGGACUCAAAACCAAUAUUGAAAACGAGCAAAGGUGGUUUGGCGGCGGCAGUGGCGCAGUUUUCUUUAUUUUUCCUUCCUAGGAGAAUAGAAUGUGAAACUUCUUAUUUCUGCUGCUCUCUUUCUCUCUGUGGCGAUUCCAUGGAUCCUUUUUAAAAAAGAAAAUUAACCCGUGGGCAAUGAAAAGCACCCUCAGAGUUACCGCUACUCAAAUUGCCACAGAAUGCUAAGAAUUGGGGGGUGCCGUUGUGGCAGGGGGAGGGCUUCUUGCAGGAAAAGGGAACCUGUAAGAAAGACAAAAAUAUUUUAAUAUAUAUAUGAAUGAUCUAUAUAUUCAUAUAUAUAUGAAUGAUUUUGUGCUUUUACUUUAAGAUGUUCACAGUUAGCAAUGUACAUAUGUGUGUGUAAAAAAACAAAACAAAAAAGGUUAGGUUGUUGGACAGGGAGGAUUUCCCUGUCUCUGGUUUCUUCACACACCCUUUCCCUUUGCUGUUACUUUUGUAUUUCACCUGACAAGGAGAGAAACAAAAUGGAAAUAAGAAAUAAACAUGUAUUUUUUAAGGAAAACCUUAGUCUCUCUCAUGAAGGGCAGAAUUUCCUAGGAGAGGAAGGGAGGCACAGAAGUCUCUCCUCCCCCCUUACUUUCCAGCUGUUUUGGAAAGGGGGGUGUCUGGCGGGGGUUGAAAGUAUCCCGUUUAUGGAACCCACUUCUCAUUGAUGACAAAAAAGGAACUUUCAUGGCAGAUUUUUAUAGGGUCAUUGGGGUGGGGGUGGGGAGCAGCACCCUCCCCAGAUUUCUUGGUGUCCAUUAUUCCUCCGGCGCAGUUCCCCCUUAGAUACGCAUUUUGACCUUCCGAGGCAAAAUUACUUGCAUAGCACAGGGGAAAUAGCGUCUUUCAUUCUGGGGUGGUGGUGGGGCACUUGGCAUGUUUGCAGAGCCGAAUCUCGGGCAGCGGGUAGCAUUCAGGGUUGGGGGAACGCGAGGGAACCUGCUUCCCAUAUUAAGGGAGCAGAUGUUUUGGGGAUCCACCCCAUUCGCCUCGGAAGUGUGCGGCUGUGCUGCCAUUUUGGAAGGGCGGGGGGAAACAAACACUGUACAUAAUCGAUGUGCUUUUCAUUUUCUUUGUGUGUGCCUGUUUUAAGAGGAGGGGCGGGGAGAGUUUAAUAUUUGUUGGCUUGGUUUUAUUUUCAAGUGUUUUCUUGUGGGGGAGUUGAAGGGGGAACGAGGGGGGCCGAGAUGUGCAUUGGGCUGAAGAGCAAGCAACUGCAGACCAUCUUCUUGAUUGUAUAUUAACACAAUUUAAUAAAAUACCCUAGUUUGAAUGUUUUAUAUAUACAUAUACAUAUAUAUAUAUAUAUCUACACUUCUUGUAAAUAAGUGCUCUCUUAAGUGUGCAAUAGGUGCAUAAGGUUGAGAACGGGACCCCCACCCAUCCAUCCCUUCCUUGCUUUGCAACCUGGAAUCGGAGCCGGAAGUGGUUUCUUCGGCACCAACCCAGCCUGGAGGGGGAAGAGCAGAGCAGAUGGAAGAGCCGCCUCCGAUUUCCGAAAGACCCACAGCUCUCCCCGUUGGAGGAAGUCUUGACUGUUGCUCUUUUAAUUUAUGCAUCUUGUCUCUGUGUUGGAAGGAGGUCUGGAAACCAAUUCCAAAGCUUAAAACACAAUCGGAGCAGUGCGGUUUUUUUGUUUUGUUUUGCUUUUUGAGGUUCUCUCUCUCUCUCUCUCUCUCUCUCUCUCUCUCUCUCUCUCUCUCUCUCCCCUGCCCUCUCUCCCUCCUUCCUUAUUUUUGUAUUGUAUACUAAUAAAGUGUUCUUGACUUGUUGUGGCCUCCAUUUCUAGGAGAAAAGGGACCCAGCUCUCUGCCCUGUGGAUUGGGCUCCAGGGCAGCUUGUGAUACAUUUUAUUUUAUUUGGGGUGGGGAGGUGGGGAUUGUGCAUCUUGACCGUUCCUGACCUGCAGAUAAUUCUGAAAGAAAUCGAAUGGGUGUUUUGUUUUUUUGUCAAAUCUUUGUUUCCAUUGUUGGGCAAAGCUCAUUUUGCCUCUGUGUCCAACCCCUACCCCGUUUUCCCUCUUGGUUAUAAAAUGUUAAAAGUUCUUUUAAAUAAUAAUAAUAAUAAUAAUAAUCACUGUUUUGAGGCUAAGUAUUUGGUAGACGGGUAGUUCUUAAAAUAAUUUUAGACAUCUGUUUGGGGUAGAGGGCACGAGAACCCACAUUUACCGUCUUCAGAAGGCGCAGUCUUGCUGGAACAAACAAGCCUUCUAAAACGCAGCUAGGUCUGGCACUUCUGGCUCCUGACCUGGGCGGCAGCACAAAUUUGACUAUAUUUUCAUAAAGGAAUGUACUUACAGCAUGGGAAAGGAUCUGCGUGCCUCCAGUUGAACUUAAAAGACUUACGAUAUGACCCCCCACCCUAAUGACAAGGAGAGCUUUAUUUUCACUCCUUUUGGUACAAAGGAGAAGGUGGCCUUUAGAAAAUGUGUUUGUAUGCGUCUGCUUGCAUUCGCAAUCUCAGGCAGUAGCAGCAGCUCAGUGCACCAGUGCUUUACUGAUACGUCGGGGACUCUCUAGCUGUGAUUCCUGUAUUUCAGGGGGUUGAACUAGAUAACUCUUGCGGUCCCUUCCAAGGGAACUUUGUGCCUAUUUUGUGUGUGUGUGUGUGUGUGUGUGUCUGUGUGGGAGGGGAGUGGGAGGUUUUAACAGCGCUUCCCAUUUAAUCUACCGGAUAAAGUCAUUCUGAGCAGGUACUUCGCUACUGUCACAGCACAUGUAAAGUUUUUUAAAGGCCUGAAACAAGAGUUAAGAAUUGUGGGUGCUGGAUCUGCCCAGAGGGAGCCCGUGUGGUCCAAAAUCCUGGUCUCAUAGCAGCCAAGCGGAUGCCUAUUAUAGGAAGUCCACAUGUAGGGAGGUAGUUAAGGCAAAUCGGAGCUAGUAGCCAUGGAUCACUUUAUCCUCCAUGAUUCAUUAAAAGCAUCACAAUUGGUAAGUUGUGUGUUGGGGGGGGGGGGUGUUUAGCUCAUGCCACCACCCUGGCAAAGCCAAAACCUUUAACAGUCCGCUGUUUGCCGCUGUCUCAGUAGAUUUGCUUAAACUGGUUUGCGCAGUGCCAGCUACUGCUAGACUCGCUCCUAAACACCCAUCCAAACGCUGUCUCUUCGGAAGCGAACCUCCCGUCUUGCGCUGGUUUGCAGAGGACUGUGGCCUUACGGGACCAGGGUCCUCAUUGCUCAAGUCUGCUGUGGUGGAAUUCAAGCGGCAGCUCAAACAUUAAGCCCCUCGCCCUUCUCACCGGGGUAGAGUGGGGGCAGCAGGCACUCAGUCAACCAGUUGAGCAGUGACAGGCUGGGUUUUUUAAAUCAGAGAAUACUAGUUUCAGGGUGCAAAGCUUUCCCACUAGUGCACCCACUCUUGUGAUCGGUGGUGGUCAAAAUACUAUCAGGCCAUAUGCGUCCAAGGGAAGAAUACAGAAAUGUCCAUCAUUGUGGAGGAGACUACCAUUGCAAAAAAAUCUUUCCAGGGGUGGGGACAGCUAAGGAGCCUCUAGUAACUGGUUUUGCUUGGGUUUUUUGUUGACUGAACAGUAUUUCUGCAGCCAGGAGUCACCCUUUUGUCAGUGGCUGCAUUUAGGAAGUGUUUUCAUGGGGGGGGGCGGCUGAGCUUUGCAGAGUGGAAGCCCAAUGGCUCUACACACUGUUGCAUGCUCAUCCUGCUUGUCUUGUUUUUAUGGGAUCUUCUGCAAGUCCGUACCUAAGUAUUUAUAACUCUGCCAACUCUUGGGGCAGGCAUAACUAGGGUAUGCCUGAUAGCACCCCCAAUUGAAUGGGGGGGGGGACCCAUCUGUACUGUUUGUGCCCGUGAAAUCAGAAGGCUGCAUAGAAAUCUGGCUUAGAAGUUUGUGUGGAGGGCUGGCGAGUAACAAGGACAACGGCAGACCCGCAGAGGCCCAUAAAUCCCCACUGGAGAAAGAUGAUUAUGUGAGGGGAAAGUAUAUUUUGAAACAGGUGAGGCAGUGUUUCUUCACUGGACUGGCUCCCUGCUCCCAAGGGUUGAGCACUUCAGUCCAUCUCAGUUAUCUGGGGCCUUCCUGCUUGCCAAGUAUGACUUCUCUGGUCUCAGGCCUGGUUCUUUAAACAUGCAAAGGGAGAUGUCUAGCCUAGCUGAUCUCAAGAGGAUGGCAAGUGGGGGCCCUGCUUGCAUCUCCAUACCAAGAAAAGCACUUUGGGGAACUAUUUCCACCCGAGACACCAAAGAGCCAUCACAAAGCUUUCCAAACUUGCCUAUAACUAGUAAGGUUGGCCAGGUUCUUACCCUGAUGUAAUCUUUUCGCUCUAGGAACUGUGCCACCUGUCUACGUUGGUUUUCAACCAACCAGUAUUUAAAAUCUGCUUUGUUACAGCUUAAAGCAGCAUUCCUUUUUAUUUUUCUUCCUAAGGGCUGUGUCACUGGGAGAGGACUCCCUUUGCGUGUGGAAGGUUCCCAGUUCAUUCCUGGACCUCUCCCAAGUAAAGCUUGGGAAUCCCCUUGCUUUAAAACAGGAGCUUCUGCCAGUCAGUGUAGGCAGAUCUGGGUUAUGCGAACCAGUGGCCUGACUCUGUAUAAGGCAGCUUCUUGUGUCCCUAAGAAAUCUUAUCCAAAAGAGCCAUGAGCAGGGUUAAAAUUCACCAGAUCUGUAACCCACUGCACACUUACCUGGGGGUGAACCGCCUUGAACUUAAUGGCUUCUGAGAAGAUGUGCAUGGGACUAUUCAAGCACAAGAUUCAGCAACCUACUCUUAAGAUUUCCUCCG